UAUCAGUGUGUGUUCGUCGCUUCGAAGAAGAUAAUACCGCCGCUACGUUAUGAUGCACAACUCCGACCCUCUGCCUCUGAGCCCCUUCAAUCACAGCAGUUGUACUAAAAUGAAAGAAAGAUCGGCGUUCAAUCAGGCGAUGGCGUUGAAAGCCUCCAGCAUGCAGAGAAUCAUCCAGGUGGUGCACAGGGUGGCGCAGAAGAGCUGCAGACAAGCCUUCCAGCUGUUCUGCUGCCCCUUUGGCGCUAUGUUGCAGGAGAAGGCACACUGGACAUGCUGCCCAGCUCAAAAUCAUCAGACGACAGAGGUUAAAACUUCACAAGUGGCGCUCCAUGGCCCGCCGUCGACCAUCUUGAUCGUGAACAUCAGCAACUCCACGUUGAUCGACUGCGUCAUCGGAAACAACACCUUUCCGUCUGUGGUGGCAGAAAGUCAGCCUCUGAUGCAGGAAUCUGAGCUCCAAAUGUACAAUCAGGCGAGGUGCAGCUGCAGCCACGGACAGCAGGGGGAAGCUCAGAGCUGUCCUCCUCCACUGGCAGAGCCACCGAGCCUCAGCAUCCACAGUUCCCAUCUCAACUGUGUCAUCAUCGGAGACAACAACUACAUGCACGCUGAGCAGACCCACUCGUCUGAAAUAGAAGAACUGCAAGCGUGAUGCUUUGGCCACACAGAGCUGGUACUCCCAAUACACACUCCAGCAACACUGUCAUCUUUGACAGGAUAGUUUCAACUCAGUGUUAGGGCAACCAGUCUCUGGACCACUUUUUUCACCUUUUGGAUUUCUCUCAGUCUCUGUUCUGACUCAGAACUGUUUUGGGUUUGGCCACCAUUGGCCACAAACUCAAUAUCUGUCUCUUCCACUCCUUUAACAUUAUUAUUUUUUAGGGUUACGUCUAACAAUUAUUUAAAUUAUUAUUUUCGUGGUGACUAAUUUAUUGUGUGGUCUGUAAAAUGUCACAAUAGUUGACAGUACUCAGGUAGCUUGUUUUGUCAAUCAAAUGUCCAAAACUCAAACAUAUCUGGUUUGACAUCACAAAUAUGCACGUUUAAGAAGCUGAAACACCAAUACACCAGAGAGUGUUUGUCAUUUUUGCUUUAAGAAUGACUAAAAAUGAUUAAUCACUUACUGCUGAUGAAAUUCAUGUGGAUUGGCUAAUCGGUGAAUCGACUUAUUGUUUCAGCUCUGUUACUUUUCCAUUUUGACUUAUGACACUGUUACAGCUGAAGGAGAUUUUUUGCCCCGGUCUUGGAUUUGACGUGCCUCCAAGCUGGUCUUAGCCAUGACACGUGGGAGUAAUGAUUGAUAAACAUAACCACAGCUCAUCACAGCUCUUGCAAGUGUUGUUGGAGUUCCGGUACGCACAAAGAAACGUCAGCUCCUCAAACCUUACCCUCAAACUAAUUCUCUUCAGUAAAAGGGUUUCCUGUUUUGCAAUGUCGGGGCUUCUGCUCCUCUGUCAGAUAUGAGGACAUAAAGUUGGGAGCAUUAUUAAUGCAUUCAUUUCCUCACGGAUGUGAGUUUGGCGUGACUCAUCUCUCUAUGAUCAUCUGAUAGUUCUGCAAUUGAUGUCCACUGGUCUGAUAUGCUGACUGAUAGACUUUGUUAGGAAAGAUAAGUUACUGUAGGAUUCAUUUUAGCAGCUCAUGAAUUGUAUAUUGUGAUUGCAUGAACAAACAGUAUUGAAAUACUAUGUGACUGAAAUCCUUAUCAUGUCAUGAUAAAGGCGUAGACUUACGUUUAAAUGUAUGGCCUAUGGUCAUUAACAGUAGACUACUUAGUAGUGUUCAUUGCUGGAAGUCAUUUUGAUUUCUUGCAAUUUAAUGUUUGGUCUUGUUUAAUCUUAUUAAAAGACAGUUUGACCUCUUCCUUCAGGACAACCUGUAAUAUGGAAUAAGAGGACUUUGAAUUAAGGUGUAACUAUUUUGUCUGCUAACAUGUUUAUGUAUUAUAUGAUGCUGACUUGAUCUAUGUCACCUUUACACAGUGAACUGCUUUUCUUAAUCUUCUUAAAAUAUUGUAUAAGUUAAGUUGAGUCUUUUAUUUUUUUGCAUACUGUGUGUUUGAAAUGACAAAAACAUGUUUUGACUAUUUUAAAUAAAGAACAAAGACACAGA